AUGGACACACAACGGUCCAAGGUAUUACUCCAGCAUUCGGUGCGGAGUGCCUAUCCUGGAAAACUCGCUGCCAGGGUCUUUUUCACAUGUCUCAUUGCAGCUACAGGAGGCUUGAUUUUUGGUUACGAGCUUGGUGUUUCAGGGUUCUUGAAAACAGGUGGGAUAACAGCUAUGGAUGUUUUCUUGAAAGAGUUCUUUCCAAGUGUUUAUGAGGAGUCAUCAUCGGUCAAACCAUCAGAUGAUCGAUUGGUGCUAUCGUCUGCUAUGAAUGUUCCCAUGCUUGUUAUUGGUGGGACGGUUUUGGCAUUGGAUGUGCCAAUCAGUGCCCAUUUUUUCAAUUGGGACACCUUCGGUCUCGAGCAGAAGCUUGUGUGUGAAGUUACUCGUGAUCACCAUCAAGAAGAUAGCAAAGACAAUGAACAAACCAAACUUCAAGUGAGACAGCAUUGCAGGGAAGAAUUUCACAAUAGUGAAGGUGAAGAUCAUGCUCCCGGAUAA